CCUCACCAUCCUCCAUCCACCCCACCACCACCCCCCGCCGUCACCUGCGCGCCACCACGGGCCAACGCCCGUGCCCCCACUCCACUCCACUCGACCAUGCCCAUCACCACCCUAACCCUCGAUGCCCGCCGCGCACUCGCCGACGUGAAUCUACGCGUCGUCAAAGCCAGGCGUGUCGUCGUCGUAUCCGGCGCGGGUAUCUCGUGCUCAAGCGGCAUCCCCGACUUUCGCUCCGGUGACGGCCUGUACUCGCUCGUCAAGGCGCGCUACCCCGAAUCAUUCGUGACUGGCAAAGACCUCUUCUCCUCGGGAUUGUUCUCCACCCCAGAAACAACGUCCAUCUUUUACACUUUUAUCGCAGAGCUCUCUAUCGCAUGCCAGGCCGCCGAGCCCACCCGCACACAUCAUUUCAUCCGCCGUCUCGAGGCCAAGGGAAAGCUCCUAAGGUCGUACACGCAGAACGUGGAUGGCUUUGAACGCCGCCUCGGUCUUGAGAGCGGUGGGCGCGGUACUGGUCUCAAGAAGAAUGGCACACGUAAUGUCGAGCUCCACGGUGACUUGGGGCGAGUGCGGUGUGUUCUAUGCUCGGCCGACUUCGAGGCGUGCGAGCAAUAUGUUUGCAUGUUCCGUGAAGGCGAGGCUCCGAGCUGCCCAGCUUGCGAGGAAAGGCAUGCCGAUCGCGUCAAUCGCGGCGCGCGCGCUACAUCAGUGGGAACGCUGCGGCCCUCCAUUGUGUUGUACGAUGAAGCGCAUCCACUCGGCGACCAGAUUGGCGAGCUCCAGGCCCACGACAUGAAGCGUCGUCCCGACGUACUUCUCAUCAUGGGAACGUCACUCAAGGUUCACGGAUUGAAGCAUCUCAUCAAAGAUUUUGCCAAGGUCGUACACGAGCGCAAGGGCAUUGUCGUCUUUGUCAACGCUACAGCUCCGAACAAGGAGUGGGAAGGCGUCAUCGACUACCACGUCCAAGGCCCGACCGACGACUGGGUCGACCUUGUCCAAGAAGACUGGAAGAAGGCGCGGCCACAGGACUGGGAGCUCCAAACCAUUCUUGACUCCUCCGUUGUCCACGCAUCUAUCGUCAAGUCCAAGUCCAAGCCAAAGCCCAAGUCAAAGCCCAAGCCGACAUCAGAGCCCCUCUCCUCUUGGGACGACGAAUGCCACCUUCCAACUCCACCAAAUUCUCAGGAGUCACCGCGAUCAUCCCCCCGCCGCUCCACGAAGAAAACUCCUCUUCGCGACAGCAAUACUAGUACUCGCGAUAGCAGCACACUCCCCGGCUAUUCAUCCCCGCUCACACCAAUGUCAACGCCGCCAUCAUCCCCUUCACCUGUCAAGACGCUUAGGACGCCAAUCAUUCCGUUUUCGCCCGCGUCUCCCAGCAAGCGCAGCGCGAGCAAGACUGGCAUUCCAGCCCAGACCAAGCGUUCGCGGACAAGGCCGACAUCUCCGACGCCGAGCCCAGUCGGGCGGGGGAAGGCGUUGAUGUCGAUCACAAACACCUUGGCGUCCGAAGACGAGAAUGAGGACGAAGAAGAAGAGGUUGAUCUUACCAUUCCAGCCAAGCCUCGUCUCACCCGCGUCCCCUCGCUCCCACCAAUGCCUCUUCGCAAGGCCAAGGCUAAUGCUAGCCAGGCUUGGAUGAGUCUGGCGCCAAAGCCCACUAGGCAGCCUAAGGAGAACUUGCGCUCUGAGGGCCCGCGGUCGCGGGGUGGCAACGACAAGCGCAUUGGGGCCAGGCUUGGCCGUGUUCCAUCCUUGCGCGCGUCGUAAUGUGCAUGUAGGUUACGGACGAUUCGGGACUCGUCCGUCUCGUGUAUCAGUAGGUGUAGACUCCGUAGAUGGUGUGCUGGCUUAUUGAGUUUGGUGCCAGCGGCGGCGCUCGCCGUCAUGUAUUCUAGUUGCUAAUGG